CGUCAAUAGCACGGCCAUAUUAGUUAAUGAAAAUGUCAGGAUAUUAUUAUCAACACAAACUAGAACAUAUGUGUCACUAAAUUGUUUCCUCAGUGCCGUCAAAACUGAAGUAGAUGAUAAUCGAAUUAAUCAUUACAAGCAGCAACAAAAAAUGAUGUUCCUAGUGGUUUUAAGUGUACUUACCAUUGCUGAUGCUAAAAAUAUGACUAAAUUGAAAUUUCGCUGCGAAGACUGGGGAAAAGAAUAUCCUUUUCAAAAUGGAGUACUCGAUAAUUGUUCUAUGGAGAUAGAUCCCAUCAGUGUUACCCAGUUUCUUUUUAAUUUGAAAAGCAGAGACUUUCAUUGGGAAUUGUUUCGUUUCAAUCUACGUUUUGAACCCACAGAAGUCUUCAAGACCAAAUGUGCUAUUGAGCCUCAUAUCUGGACAUGGACAUAUCCGGCACCAGAAGGUGCAUAUGAGUUUUUAAAAUGGCCGAAAGAAUAUGGAAUAUGGUCAUUUGGAUUGCUUGACCUGUAUUCCUAUUCAAUGAAUAUUAAAGUGAACGUCUAUGGAAAUUGUCCUGUUAUUAUUGGAGGAAAAGAAACUACUCAGCGAAUAGCCACUGCAGUAUUAGAAAUGGCUAACAAAAGCACUACCAUAAAAGGUGCUCCAAGAGAUUUUCUUUAUGGAUCCGUGUGUUACAACUCUAAAGUAUUUAUACACCCAUUUAUAUAUUUUUUGUGUAAACAUAUAUCCUGUCCAGUGGAAGCUACAAGUUACAGAUGCUGCACGGCUAACGAGACGAGUAUUGUUUGUAAUGGGGAAAAUUUACACUACGACGGAGCAUGGUGGGGGUUUCCGUUUGUUUUAGGACUACUAUUGUUUGCGUUUUCUCCUCUAUUUUUAGUAAAAGUGUUCAAGAAAGUUGCAAGUUCCAAUACAGGAGGACACAUACAGAUUGAUGACACCAUGAACAAAGGGUCCAACAAAUGGCUGAUUUGUAACCCAUUGUCACUAUUCUCAAUUGUGAGCCAAAGCAUUACUCCACAAAAUAACAAAUUUCGAUAUUGUAGAAUAAUACUACGCCGUGUAGUUAUUGUGAUGAUGACUAUUAUUGUUGUUAUUGUUCAAGUAGGAAUUCACUAUUUCUUUGAUCAUCACUAUACUGUUGAAUUGGCCAAACACGAUAUUCCUUUAGAUUUCCGUUCAAUGGUAGCUGGCUACAAACGUAGCAAGACAAAUUUCAUUCCAACUAUUGGUGGGCCAUAUGUAGGACUCGGUAUCUACUUAUUUACAACCAUGAUGCUCGUCUGCAUACCACGUGAUCUUGAAACAUUCAUCAACAGAGGAAUUCCGAAUAACUUAGGACUAUCGAUGUCUCCUUUAACAUUAGACAUAAAAACGAAAGGUAAACUAGGAUCAGUUUAUCAUCUUGAAAGACAGUCGGGAUAUCCAAAGAUGUAUAAUUUAAUGAGAGCUCACAUCUAUAUGUUGAUUAACCCGUCGUUCUGGAGUCUUGCGAUACAAAUACAAGUGAAACGAUUUACCGGAGUAAUGAACAAUAUAACAAAAGGAAAAGCGACAAAUGCGGUGAAAAUAGGUUUUGGCAUUCCGUAUUUCGUUUUGAUAUGUGCCACGGAGUUGGUUUUAUCUCUGAUUUACUACAGCUUACCAAUUAUUUUGUUUUUCAAGAUCACUAUAAUGUCGUACUAUAUUGGAAUCAAGAGAUCGGUUUCUCAUCUAGGAACUUCCGGGAGGGUUGUACAAUACUCUAUUACGACAUUAACACUUGCGAUACUUGUCUUCAAUCUAUAUAUUUUGACAGUUGUUUUUGUGGAUAGUCUACUUUUUCUAACAAGGAUUAUGAUUUUCACGUUUACCGGUUUCAUUGCGUACCCAGGCAGCACUUAUGCUUAUUUCGUAUUUGCUAUGACAAUUGUCAUUUAUAUUACUGAAUCAAUUCACAAAAUACGGUUAACUUAUUCCAAAUUAUUCAAAUAUACCAUCAAAAGUUGCGUUGUCGUUAAGAACAAAAACAAAUUUCCGGAAGUAGGCAUAGCAAAAGAAGAGGAUGACUAUUACAUGAUCUCGCGUGAGCUUUUUACGUACGUUGUUUCCCGCCAUAAACCAGUACGUGUUGAGAUUUUUUUCUCUCUUUUGAAACUUGCAUUUAUAACUUUCAUGUUCUACUUAGCUGCCCAUGUAAUUGUCACUUUACACAGGUUAACCGACCUGAAUCCACUUACGCAAGUUAUAACAGCUCUGUUUAUAUGUUUGUUACCGAAACUCUGGCGAAUGUUGUUAUUAAAGGAUAAAAACUACGAAGACAUUCAAGAAAACAUAGCCAUCCUUAAGUUAGUUGAAGAUUAUUGUAAACAAAAACUACAAAUACGGGACAGUGACGAAAAUACUUCGGUCGAGUUAGGCAAUUUUAAUUCAAAAGAACCGGACGAAAGAACAAAGCUCAUUAAUUCAGAGCAGAAUUCCAAGGCAUAAUUUGUUGAAUAAUUCAUGCCAUGGUCUCUUACAUACACCAGUUUUCGUCAAAACGAGAAAAUAAGGUCUUAUUAUGUCCAAAAUUCAUAUUCUAACUAUAUGAUACUUAAUGAUAAUUUUAAUUCAUAUUUAGAUUAUAAAUUAUUCAAUUUCAAUAAUAAAUGUUGUACUAAAGUCAAAUUAUUCAACCGAAAACUUCCUCUUUAGUAAAAUGUUCAUAUCAGCCUAUAUGGAGGAAAUAAAGAUAAUCAA